GCGAAGCAACAAGCGUGGUCCAAACCGCGCUGUCUUUCACGUCAGGAGGCGUGUAGCUAGCUAACCCGCCGACACUGAAGCUGGUCCUAUUUUUUUCAGCUUUUGAGUGGCUUUUGAAUCAAAGUAAGCUCUCUCUGUAUUUCUGUAUUUAUUUUUCGUUGCUCAGAAAAGCUUCUGCGAGGGAGGGUUACUGUUUUUUGCGCAAACUCUUCUGACCAUUUUGCUGCGCAGCCAGCUAAGUUAGCAGAUGAACUGGCUGCAUUGGAAAACAAGUGAGUCACAAAGUCUUAAAUUCAGUUUAAAUAAAGGAAUAAGAGCGUAAAGUGGUGUAAAAGGGCAGCGCGGUGCAGGGACUGGGCUGCAGAUGCUGUAGUGGACGUAAAGCUGGCGGUCUGUGUGAAAGAAGAGGAGAAUGCGGUGAAAAUGGCUCUAGAGCAGUUCAGUGAUGUCGUCCAGAGAUGUCAAGCCAUCCAGGGUGAAAACUUCUCUCCGGUCGACUUUGACCUGUUCCAGUCCGCAGGGAAGACCUGCAUUGAGCAAGGCGACAGUGCUCAAGUGCUGAGUAUUGUCAUCGAUGAGAAAAAUACGAAUAUCGUGAGAUGCAUGGGAUGGAACCUGUUGGAGCCUCUGGUGAAGGUUCUGCUGAAGAAGGAAGACAAGAACCUUCCGCAUUGCCAUGCCAUCCUCACACACUUAAUAGAGGUCUGCAGCCCUAAAGAGCUCGUGGUGGGCCUGCUGGAGCAGGUGGAAGAAGCAGACUCUGAUGCCAUUGCUGAGACCAUCAUCCUUCUGCUGAAGCCCUUACAGACAGUGUUGCUGAAGCUGGGAAAGAAGAAGCCCUCCUCGGUGGGCAUGGCUCUGUCCACCCUCCUCGGCCAGGUAGUCCAGCUGCCGGUGCCCCUGAGUAAAGAGCAGGAGGAAGACGAUGUGUUUGGUUUGUGUCGUUGCUGUACUGCGUUGCUAGACUUCAUCAGGCCAUUCGUGGAGGAGGUCAAGGAGAACGUUAAACACAGUCGCAGCAUCUCCAGGGACGAUGAGCUAAAAGGGGAAAUACUGAAAUUCUGUAUGAGGAGUUUAAGUGAGCCUCUUCUGGAGGUGCAGCUGAAGGAUCCAGACACAUUAGAGCAAUCCCCUCUCAGAGACUUCGCCACAGAAAUCCUGGUCAUCCUGUCCAGCAUCGGUGAGUCCCUGCCCGACUUGCUGUGCCACAACAUGCUGCGGAAGAGAGAAGUGCCCGGCUUUCUGGAGGAGGAGGUUAGAUAUCCUAAGGAGUCUUUGGCCUGUUUGGCCCAUUUACUCUUUGUGAAGCACAUUGCCAUGGACAUCUUCCCUGCAGUCCUGAGCCCGAUUUUUCUCCUUCAGUGCAACAUGGAAUAUGUUGAGCUGUUGCUGAGCAGAACUGAAGAAUCACGGGUACAGAAAGGACUGGAGCUGUAUGAGAAAACUCUGGUGAGAGUGGAGGACUGCAGUCUGCCUGUGGACCUUCUGGAUCUAAAAACGUUUUUUAGCGUCCCACAGAAUUUAGUAAAAGUGAUGACGUUAUGUCCGGUUCAGACUGUGAGGACUAAAGGACUGUCGGUUUUCCAGCUGAGUAUUGAUAAAUUUAACACAGAGGCCAAAUACAAGUUCUUCAGGUGUAUGCUGAAUACAAGCGAGCAUGCGGGAGUCGAGGGCUACAUCAUCAAGAACAUCAAAAACCAGAUCGACUUGUCCUUGAAGCCGGGUUAUGAGAACGAGUGGUUUCUGGGAAAACAUUUACUGCCGCUACUUCACCAAGUCCUGUGUCUUCCUCAGGGACCAGAAACUGACUUACUACACAGUCUAGACAGGAUCAUGGAGUCGCUGAACCUGCUGCGUUAUCUGCUGAUCAGAGAUAAAGAGUGGGAGAACGAGACAGGAAUAUGGAACGAACUGUACAAGAUCGAAGAUAAUUUCCUGAAGCCGCUGAGGAUGGGCUUGAACAUGUCUAAAGCACAUUAUGAGGCGGAGCUGAAGAAUGCUAAAGAGAAUAAGAAGAGCAGCGGAACAGAAUCUAAAGCAGCGGCCUGCACAGUUACUGUAGGAAAUGAGAGAUUACCCAACAUGACUCCAGAAAUGCAGCUCCAGGUGCUGCAGUCCGCCCUCUUCACGUUUGAUUUGAUCGAGAGCGUCUUGGCAAGAAUCGAGGAGAUCGCCGAGGCUAAAGGAAGAGUUUAGGCCCGGGAUACGAACUUCUAGCAGGAAUCCACCAAAUCCCGCUGUUUUCCGCUCUGCCAAAAGCUUUGUUGUUCUAAGAACGGAUCACUCAAGGAAAUUCCAAAAUCACAACCCAGCAACAGCGGGAGGCAGCCCCAUCAAAUGUGAACAGAUCGGCUCUUGAAUUAGCCUUAGUCUUGCAAAAUGGACAACCACUAGUGGACAUGGACAGAAUACUAGUACUGUGAUUAUAGUGCUACACAUUGCAAUUGUAAUAUAUUUUGCAAUAUAUUAUAAAUACAAGAAACUAAUCUAGAUAGUCCAGUGUUGGUCAGGAUGCUCACAGCACACAGGAAAAACUCUGUGAUUGGUUAGAGGGCUUAUUUGAAUAUUGCAGCUUCUGCUGUAUCGGGCAUUGCAAAGGUGAUAAUGGUCAACAAAUAAUUGUGCAGUUGCAUGCAAAAGUUUGAACACCCCCGGUCAAAUUAUGCAAAAAUAAGUUAACACAUCUUGUACAGGGAACACUGUUAAAUAUGACAUUUUAAAGCUAAUUUUAGUGCAUAAUUUCUUGUUAUUUGCUGAGUUUAACAUAUUGGGAAAAAACAUAUAUAAUGUGCCAUACCUUUUAUGCCCACUCCUGCCCCUCCCCACUACGUUGACCUCUUCUGCAGGCCCUCUGGUGGCCAUUCGCUUCCUGUUUCGUAAAUAAUGCAUUUCCUCGAAACAUGUUCCUGCAAUGUUAUUGCAGAAAAAAUGCAUAGUUCAACUGCGGGACCUCCAAAACAGGCAGAAGUGGCAUUUUAUGGCUACUGUGAGAAACAGUUAAAUAAACAGCAAAUAAACAGUAAUUGUGCAUUAAAAUGUGCAAAAGUGUGUUCUCUGUAGAAGAUACCACUAGUUGAUAUGGACAGGUCACCAAAGCACGUCGUUUGACCAGGGCAGGGGUCGGCAACCCAAAUGUUAAGAAGAGCCAUUUUGUCCUUUUAACAAAAAUCAAACCACCUUGGGAGCCACAUUUUAUGUCUGUUUUAUUGACGUAAUGUUUUACAAUGCUGGCUGAAAAUGUCUUAAUAUGUGGUAGUUAAUGUCUUAAAGUAGACUAACAAAUAUAAACGAACAGCAAACUUUACUCUGCUUUAAGCUUUAUCUCAGCUAUAGCUGCUUUUCUCGCAUCUCUGGCAGGAAACUUCUCCUCAAAAGUGGAACAGUUUCUUGUAAAAUAUCUCUCAACG